CUUGAAAGUGAGGUACUUACGAGAUGGGCAACGAGCUCAGUUUUUCUCACGAGAAACUUCUUGCCACACAGCCAAUCCUCUCUUGCCAUUCGAGCCUCGCUCGCGCAGAAGCUUCCUCCUAUGGCGACCUUACUCUCUCUUGAGCUGGAUCUUAGUAAGCCUCCAAGGCUGCAACUCAUGCUUCUUCCUAUCACGCGUUUAUUCCGCGGCAAUGGCAACAUCUAUAAAUCUCCAUCACCACUCCAGUGGCAACCAUUGCAAACUCCAGUAUUCGAAGUUUCAUCCCAAGCCUUCGAUCAUACAAGUCUUCUGUUCCUACCAGGAGUUUCGAUCGAGCAAUGGGUGCUCUCAAAGUCAUUGCAUUGCUGUUGUUGGUCGAGCUUGCGCUCUCUGCUCGUCUCCCACCAAAGUCAGAUGUUUCUUUCUCUGAGAACUACUAUGUCCGAUGGGCUAAUGAUCAUACGCGAGUGCUCAACGGUGGCAGCGAAAUGCAGCUUGUUCUCGACAAGGCUUCAGGUGCUGGAUUUGGGUCCCGCAGCAAAUACUUGUUCGGUCAUAUCAGCAUGAAGAUCAAGCUGGUUCCCAAAGACUCUGCUGGAACUGUGACGGCAUUCUACAUGUCCUCGGAGACCGACAAGCACGAUGAGAUCGACUUUGAGUUCUUGGGGAACGUUUCCGGGCAGCCAUACAUCGUCCAGACCAACGUUUUCGCCAAUGGCGUUGGAAACCGGGAGCAGCGACACUACCUCUGGUUCGACCCCACUCAGGACUUCCACAGCUACUCCGUCCUCUGGAACAAGCAGCAGAUCAUAUUCUAUGUGGACGAUGUCCCUCUGCGUGUCCACAAGAACAACGAAGCCAUCGGGAUCCCAUUCCCAAAGAGCCAGCCAAUGGGGAUCUACUCGAGCCUGUGGAACGGAGACGACUGGGCUACUCGCGGCGGCCUGGAGAAGAUCAACUGGGAUCACGCUCCAUUCGUCGCGGCGUACAAGGGAUUCAGCGUGGAUGCUUGCGCAGGGGGUGUGGAGUCGUGCAGUGCUCCCAAGGGCAACUGGUGGGAGCAAGAGGCAUUCCAGAGCACCGACGAGGAGACCAAGAGCAAGCUCAAGUGGGUCAAGGACAACUACAUGAUCUACGACUACUGCACCGACAGCAAGAGGUUUCCGACGACUCCCGCGGACUGUGGCCAGUUUUGAGAGCUUCCAUGUACUUACAUUCUUUUGUACAGCACUAUUCUUUUGUAAUAGAAAAUGUUCUUUUAUUUUUUCA